AUGCCAAGUACAUCAAGGGUGUGCAUCCAUCUCAAGCUAUGGUCCCUAGACCACCAGCCUCCUGGCGUCGUAUCCGUUGGUGCUGAGAGUCAUAUCCGUUGGUGCUCGGGGAAGGGCUUCGUCGAUUUCUGGUACGAUAGAUGGCUAGGGGAUACGCCACUAGCCGCUAUGCUAGAGGUGGAUAACCCUCCACAUAUGCUGGUGGCAGAAUUUUUUUCGAACACGGGUUGGAAUAGUGGUAAGCUCAAGCAAUGGAUCCCGGAUUACUUGGUUGUGCAGAUUUGCCAGCGGCAGCUGUUUCCCGAGCUUGCUAAUGAAAUGGAGGGUCUUCGGCAAAGGAAAGGUUCCUCAAUGCUAUUUCGCCUCCUCUGGAAUGAUAUUCUUCCACUCAAGGUCUCCUUUUUUGCCUGGAGGGUUUUAUGCAAUUGGCUACCUCUGGAUGUAAUGCUGCGGAAUAAGGGGGUUGUGCUAGUGUCUCGUUGCCUUUGUUGCCACCAGGAGGAGGAGUCACUCAACCACCUGUUUCUCAAGGGGCCAGUUGCUUCAAGAGUGUGGGAGCACUUUGGACGACGGUUUGGCAUAUUGGAUGUGGUGCGUUACUCACUAGCGUCGGUAUGGAUGUCAUGGUUUGAUUCAGUAUCACCAGGCCAGGUGGACCAUAUUCGUACGGUCGUGCCGACUCUGAUAUUAUGGUCUUUAUGGAAGCUAAGAAAUCAUGCUAGGUUCGAAAAUCUAGCCUUCAGUGCUCAACAGGUCAUUGUCAUGGUUAAUGUGUUUGUUGAUCAGUUGGGGGCUGCUAGGAUCCUUAAUGCCACGCACUUUAGAGGGGAUGGAAACAACCCGUGGGCUGCUUGGGUUGGUAGGCAAGCAAGACGGGUUGAAUGUCGGACUGUUUCCUGGCAGAGACCCUCUCCGCACUACUAUAAACUCAACACGGAUGCCAGUGUUUACCAGGGGCGUGCGUCGGGAGGAGGUCUCCUUCGCAAUAUGGAUGGGAACCUGGUUUUCGCCUUUUAUAAGGAAUUUGGGGAGUCAGAUGUUCUAAUGGCUGAAAGUCUGUCACUAAUGCAUGAUCUCCUGUUAUGCUCGGAGAGACAGGCCCAAAACUUGUUGGUGGAGGUUGACUCAGAGCAGUGA